AGGAAGAGGACGAAGACUUCGACGAGAGACCCGAAGGCCGCAGGAGGUCCGGCCGGCAGCUCAGGAACGACAAGGACAAGCCCCUCCCACCCCUCCUGGCCAGAGUAGGAGGGAACCUGGAGGUCCUGGGCUUCAACACGCGGCAGAGGAAGGCCUUCCUGAACGCGGUGAUGCGCUGGGGCAAUGCCGGCCCAGGACGCCUCUCCUGCCAGUGGCUCGUCAGAGACCUCCGCGGGAAGAGCGAGAAGGAGUUCAGGGCGUAUGUCUCCCUCUUCAUGCGUCACCUCUGUGAGCCGGUGGCCGACGGCUCGGAGACGUUCGCCGACGGCGUGCCAAGGGAGGGGCUCUGCAGGCAGCCUGUCCUGACCCGCAUCGGGGUCAUGUCCCUGGUCAAGAAGAAGAUCCAGGAGUUUGAGCACAUCAACGGGAGGUGGAGCCUCCCUGAGCUCCGGCCGGAGGUGGAGAAGGUGGACAAGCUGCUGUCCAGUGGCUCCUCCCCCAAUGCCAAGACGGCCACGCCCACCCCCGACGCAAGCUUCAGCAACACGCCCUGUACCUCCGAACCAGCCACACCUGCGCCCGCUGAGAAGACGGAGAAGAUGAAAGACGGGGAGAAGGAGGAGGAGAAGGAGGAGGGAGUCGGACCCCCGACGGAGCGGGAGAGGGAGGGGGAGCAGGAGAGGGAGGGGGGGAGGGAGACGGACGCCAAGCAGAGAGCAGGAGGAGAGGACGAUAAGGAGCCCUCCAGCGCCUCCCAGGACGACAAGACCCCGGAACCCUCUCCCUCCUCCAGGGGCGAGGGCGAGACGAAGGAGCCGAAGGAGGAGGAGGAGGAGAAGGAGGAGCGGGGGCAGGAGGCCGCAGAGGCCAAGGAGGUGGAGGCCGUGCAGGAGAAGGAGGAGGAGACGCAGGAGGAGAGCAAGGAGGAGACAAAGCCAACGUCCCCCGCGCUCAAAGAUGAGAGGCCAGAUGGGGACCAAGUGGCCGAGGAGAGCGAGAGGAAAGAGGAGGCCCCCAGUCCCACCGAAGAACAGGGGCCCAGGGAGAAGAGUGAGGAGCCGGAUAUGAAGAGAGAUGAGGUCAAAGGUGAACGGGAUGUGGGGAAGGAGCUCAAGGAGAGAGCCAGGGAAGAGGUUGCCCGGGGCAACGGGAAGCUGUACACAGAGCGACCUCGCUUCAUGUUCAACAUCGCCGACGGCGGCUUCACCGAGCUGCACACGCUGUGGCAGAACGAGGAGCGGGCCGCGCUCUCCUCGGGGAAGAUGAACGAGAUCUGGCACCGCCGCCACGACUUCUGGCUGCUGGCGGGGAUCGUACUCCACGGCUACGCUCGGUGGCAGGACAUCCAGAACGACCCGCAGUUCGCCAUCGUCAACGAGCCCUUCAAGUCCCAGGCCAACAAGGGCAACUUCCUGGAGAUGAAGAACAAGUUCCUGGCCCGGCGCUUCAAGCUGCUGGAGCAGGCCCUGGUGAUCGAGGAGCAGCUGCGGCGGGCGGCCUACCUCAACAUGAGCCAGGACCCGUCCCACCCGGCCAUGGCGCUGAACGCCCGCUUCACCGAGGUGGAGUGUCUGGCCGAGGCCCACCAGCACCUCAGCAAGGAGUCGCUGGCCGGCAACAAGCCCGCCAACGCAGUGCUGCACAAAGUGCUGAACCAGCUGGAGGAGCUGCUGAGCGACAUGAAGGCGGACGUCACGCGGCUGCCUGCCACGCUGUCCCGGGUCCCGCCCAUCGCCGCCCGCCUCCAGAUGUCCGAGAGGAGCAUCCUCAGCCGGCUGGCCAGCAAGGGCCACGAGACGCACGGCCCGCCGCCCACGGCCCCUGGACCCUACGGCACACCUCACAACUACGGGGGGGCCUUCGGCCCCGGGCCCCCCAGCUCCCUGCACCUGGUGGGGGCCAACUACAGCCAGAUGCCCCCUGGGUCCUUCAUAUCAGGUGAGUCCCCCCCCCCCCGACUCUGCUGCUGCGCGUGUGUUACGGUUUAUCUUUGUGUGUGUGUGUGUGUGUGUGUGUGUGUGUGUGUGUGUGUGUGUGUGUGUGUGUGUGUGUGUGUGUGUGUGUGUGUGUGUGUGUGUGUGUGUGCAUAGGAAUUAAAGACAGUG